AUGCUCGCCGCCGCCGUCCUUCUCCUCGCCGCCACCGCCCUCGCCUCCCCGCGCCCCGGAGCCUUCGUCGCCAAGGGCUUCACCCCGGCCGAGCGCGCGUGGAACGACCUCGGCCUCGUCAUCCGCCAGUCUACCUGCCCCACGGGCUACGGCGUCUGCGUCGACAACUGCUACCCCCUCGACGGCAGUGUGUGCUGCGACGACAGCACUUACUGCCCGCAGGGCCACCGCUGUCUCACGGACGGCUGCUGCCCCAUCGGCGAGAUCUGCGUGGGCGUGGGCGGCACCCGCACCGUCGACUUCACUUCCGUCAUUUCGGACCCCUCGUCCAUUUCUUCCGUGGUCUCUUCGCCCGCGAUCUCGACGCCCACGAUCGAGCCCGUCUCGUCCGCGCCGGUCAGCUCGCCCCGCCCAGCCCCUCCGCCCAGCAGCAAUGGCCCUCCCCUCAGCGCGGGGCCUAGCGCGCAGACCCCAAGCAACGCCGGCAACGGCAUCGGUGUCGGCGCGUCCCGCAGCACCGCGCCCACCGUCACGCAGACCGUCAGAGUGAUCGGCGGUGCUGGCGCAGUCGCCCCAGCCUUUGCUGGCAUCCUCGGCGCUGCCGCCGCCGCCGUUGCGCUCGCCUAG